AAUGGCAGAACAAGUGGUUCCUAGUAGAAUGAACUUAGCUUUAUACAAGGCUAAGAUUGUCUCAGCAAAGAAGGGUCAUGAAUUGUUAAAGAAAAAAUGUGAUGCUUUGAAAACUAAGUUCAGAAUAGUGAUGGUUGCUUUAUUGGAGAACAAGAAAUUUAUGGGUGACGAAGCAUAAGAAGCUUUAUUAUUAAUCGCAAAAGCUUAAUAUGCUGCAGGCGAAUUCCAGUAUUAUGAGUAUUAAAAAUAGCUAAAAUGUUAAGGAUGCUGUAAAGAGAGCAACAAUUAGAUUGGAAAUCUCAAGUGAAAACAUUGCAGGUGUCAUGUUGCCUGAAGUAAAUAUUCGAGAAGUUGAUGAUUCAGAUUCAAGUAUGAGUCAAAUAGGUUUGGCCAGAGGUGGUCAAUCCAUUCAAAGAUGCAGAGAUAAGUUUAAAGAUUUGUUAAUACUUCUUGUUAAAAUUGCAUCAUAUUAAGUAAGAAAAUAUAUAGUAUUUAAAGACUUCUUUUGUUUCAUUAGAUCAAGUUAUUAAAGUUACAAAUCGAAGAGUAAAUGCUCUUGAAUAUGUCGUCAUCCCUAGAUUCAUAGCUACUAUGAAUUACAUUGAUAUGGAAUUGGAUGAAAUGUCAAAAGAAGAUUUUUUCAGGUUUAGUUUAGAAUUAUGAAUUAGAUUGAAGAAAGUGCUUGAUAACAAGAGAAAAAUAAUUGAAAAGCAAAAUUAAGAAACAGCUAAAAGAUAAUUAGAAGUAGAGGAUAUGAAUUGGUAAGAGAGAGAGAGUUAUGAUAUGUUGGCAGAAGAAUAACCUGAUGAAGAUGUAUUCUUUUGAG